AUGGAUACGGAAAUAAUGGUUGAGACGUUGCCUUUGCUGGGAAUGUGCAAUUUGUGUUUAAACGAAGGUGCUGUAAAGAGUAUGUUGGUUGGUCAUAAGCACAAUGGAAAAUCUGAAGUCUACUCCGAAAUGCUGGUCAAAUGCUUUUCCAUAGACGUAUCGAUCCUACAACUAGGUGAUACGAAGCGCUUAAUCUGUGAAUUCUGUAUAACUAGACUGCGAGACUGUGUGCUGUUCAAAGACCUCGUGGAAGUGUCACUCAGUACGUUGGAAAAUACAUACAAAUUACAAAAAGAAGAGAACCAUUCUACUGAUGAUGGAGUUAAAACAGAGCUGAGUAUAACCGCGAACUUUGAUGAUGACUUCCACAAUGUUGAUGUUGAUGAUGACGAUGACGAUGAUGACCCAAAAAUUAAAGCCGAAAUUAAAAGCGAGCCAGACGAAUGUACAAGGAAAACUCGUAGCAGAUCAGUAAAGAAAAUAACAAAAUGUGCCGGCAAGAAACAUCACGAUUUCACAGAAACGGAGUCUAUGCUGAAAACUGGGCUGUUCCCCUUCAAAAUACGUAAAAACCGCACAUUUUCAUGUUCCAUAUGUCCUGAGAAAUCGACCAAUCUAGACGAUAUAAAAGUCCAUGUUAUUGAUCACAACAAAACGAACCUACAUAUGGCGUUCAAAAAGAUGAUAUUCUCAAAUUCCCAGCGAUUUUACAAGUCCGGUACAAAGUUACGAUGUAAAAUAUGCACGACAGAUGUCGCCACUUACGAGGAGUUGCGGCAACAUGUCGAGAAUUGUACGAGAUUGAAAUUCUCAAACCGAAGGUGGAACAACUUGCCUUUUAAAUUGGAAAAGGACCAAUUAGAUUGUCCGGUGUGCAAGAAAACAUUUUUAAACUAUGUAAGUCUAAACACUCAUAUGAAUGUACAUUAUCCAAAUUAUAUUUGCGAGAAUUGUGGGAAGGCGUUCGCCUCCAAAGCGAGGCUGCGUGGCCACAUGAGAACUCAUGAGGUAGGCAAUUUUCCUUGUAAGUAUUGCAACGCUACAUUUGACCGAGUAACUAAACGAGAGAAUCAUGUCUCAAAGGAACACAAGUCCGGUAUCAGGUACGCUUGUAAACGUUGUAAUAUAUCUUUAACUUCAUUCUACGCUAGGCAGAAACAUUUGGCUGAAGUUCACAACGAAGAGCUAAAAAGAUACAAGUGUAAAGCUUGUCCGCAGAGUUAUAUAACUCCGGGCCACCUGUCAAGUCAUGUACGAAGAGACCAUUUGAAUGAACGGAAUCAUAAAUGUGAUAAGUGUGAUUUGGCUUUUUAUACGAAGAACGCUUUAAAAAUGCAUAUGAUUAAGCACGAUGGGGAACGGAUUCAUACUUGUCCGGUCUGUCAGAAGUCUUAUCAAAGAAAGAAGACUCUUAGGGAACAUCUUAGGAUUCAUAACAAUGAUAAGCGGUUCGUUUGUCCAGUCUGCGGUAGGGCUUUCACUCAAAAAUGCACUCUAAAGGGUCACCUUAAGGUCCAUGAGAGAAAACCGGACUUGGAUGACCGUGUAGUUCCACCUUUGCAUUCUAUUUAG